AUGAUUUUCGACAUGGUAGUCACUCUCGAAGAGGUGACCACUUCUCUCAUAAUUUUGGUGAUGAUUUUUGUGUUUGUGAAAGCACUCAGGAGCAAGAGGAGAAAGCAAGUGUCUCUUCCUGGCCCCUGGUCCUUCCCUAUCAUAGGAAAUCUUCUUCAGCUUGGAGACCAUCCUUACCUUACGUUCAUGGAGAUGAAGAAGAAAUAUGGAGAUGUCUUUCUCAUUAAACUUGGCAUGGUGCCUGUCGUGGUAGUGAAUGGAAUGGAAAUGGUGAAGCAAGUACUACUCAAGAAUGGAGAGCAUUUUGCAGGCAGACCUAACAUGCAUACAUUUUCUUAUAUGGCAGACGGAAAGAGUUUUUCAUUUUCAGUCAAUUAUGGAGAGAGUUGGAAGCUUCAUAAGAAAAUUGCCUCUAAUGCUUUACAAACUUUUUCUAAAGCAGAGGCAAAAUCCUCCACUUGCUCUUGCUUACUUGAGGAACAUAUCAUCGAGGAAGUUUCUGAGAUGAUAAAAGUCUUUGCCGAGUUGACUUCCAAAAAUGGCAGCUUUGACCCCAGAAAUGCUAUCACGUGUGCAGUGGCCAAUGUUAUCUGUUUCCUUUGCUUUGGCAAGAGAUAUGACCACAGUAAUGAGGAGUUUCUUAGAAUAGUUAAAACAAAUGAUGAUUUACUCAAAGCCUCCAGUGCAGCUAAUCCUGCUGAUUUCAUACCAUGUUUCCGCUACCUUCCACUGAGGAUUAUAAAUGCUCCUCGAGAGUUUUAUCAAGUCGUGAAUCAGUUCAUUGCACUACAAGUACAAGAUCAUCUUACUACAUAUGAUAAGGACUGUAUGCGAGACAUUACUGAUGCUCUGAUUACAACAUGCCAAAACAAAUAUGCUUCUACAAAAACAGCCACCUUAACUGAUGAUGAAAUCAUAAGCACUGUGAGUGACAUCUUUGGAGCUGGGGUUGAAACUGUAUCAACAUGUCUAUAUUGGAGCUUUCUUUAUUUGAUACACUAUCCAGAAAUUCAAGCCAAAAUUCAAGAAGAAAUUGAUGAAAACAUUGGGAUGAAAUCACCCCGACUUGAAGACAGAAAAAUUUUACUCUAUACAGAAGCUUUCAUAAAUGAAAUAUUCAGACAUUCCUCCUUUGUUCCUUUUACUAUUCCACAUUGCACCACAGCAGACACUACGCUGAAUGGCUUUUUCAUUCCCAGGAAAACUUGCAUCUUUAUUAACCUGUAUCAAGUAAAUCAUGAUGAAACUAUUUGGGAUAAUCCCACUGUAUUUAGACCAGAGAGAUUUCUAAAUGAAAACGGGAAACUGAAUAAAAGUCUUACUGAGAAAGUUCUGAUAUUUGGAAUGGGAAUCCGGAAGUGUCUCGGAGAAGAUGUUGCACGAAAUGAGAUAUUCAUUUUCCUCACCACGGUUCUGCAACAGUUCAAGCUGAAAAAAUGCCCCGGAGCCGAGCUCGACCUGACGCCCACAUACGGGUUAUCCAUGAAACCCAAACCGUACCAACUCCAAGCGGCGCCCCGCUUCCCGGAUAGUUGA